CGUAGGGUUACGUGGCCGGCCGGAAGUGGCCUGCACAGAACCGCUGCGGUACCAACUCUGCUAGCGGUCUGGGUCCAGCACUGGGUUGCUACUUUGCGUCCCCGCCGGUACCAACAUGCUGAAGAAAUUCGACAAGAAAGACGAGGAAUCGGGUGGAGGCUCCAACCCAUUCCAGCACCUUGAGAAGAGUGCAGUACUCCAGGAGGCCCGUGUAUUUAACGAAACUCCUAUCAACCCUCGGAAAUGUGCCCACAUCCUCACCAAGAUCCUUUACCUUAUAAACCAGGGGGAGCACCUGGGGACCACAGAAGCAACCGAGGCCUUCUUUGCCAUGACCAAGCUCUUCCAGUCCAACGAUCCCACACUCCGUCGGAUGUGCUACUUGACAAUUAAGGAGAUGUCUUGCAUUGCAGAGGAUGUCAUCAUCGUUACUAGCAGCCUGACAAAGGACAUGACCGGGAAAGAAGACAACUAUCGGGGCCCUGCUGUGCGAGCCCUCUGCCAGAUCACCGAUGGCACCAUGCUACAGGCUAUUGAGCGGUACAUGAAACAGGCCAUCGUGGACAAGGUGCCCAGUGUCUCCAGCUCUGCCCUGGUGUCUUCCCUGCACCUGCUGAAGUGCAGCUUUGAUGUGGUCAAGCGCUGGGUGAAUGAGGCCCAGGAGGCAGCAUCCAGCGAUAACAUCAUGGUCCAGUACCACGCCCUGGGGCUCCUGUACCACGUGCGGAAGAACGACCGCCUGGCUGUCAAUAAGAUGAUCAGCAAGUUCACCCGGCAUGGCCUCAAGUCUCCCUUUGCCUACUGCAUGAUGAUCCGCGUGGCCAGCAAGCAGCUGGAGGAGGAGGACGGCAGCCGUGACAGCCCACUGUUUGACUUCAUCGAGAACUGCUUGCGUAACAAGCACGAGAUGGUGGUGUACGAAGCCGCCUCUGCCAUUGUCAACCUGCCAGGCUGCAGUGCCAAGGAGCUGGCCCCAGCUGUGUCAGUGCUCCAGCUUUUCUGCAGCUCACCCAAGGCCGCUCUCCGUUACGCUGCUGUCCGUACCCUCAAUAAGGUUGCCAUGAAGCAUCCGUCAGCAGUGACAGCCUGUAACCUGGAUUUGGAGAACCUGGUCACAGAUUCCAACCGCAGCAUCGCCACACUGGCCAUCACCACCCUCCUCAAGACUGGCAGUGAGAGCAGCAUCGACCGCCUCAUGAAGCAGAUCUCCUCCUUUAUGUCAGAGAUCUCAGAUGAAUUCAAGGUGGUGGUUGUCCAGGCCAUCAGUGCCCUGUGUCAGAAGUACCCUCGCAAACAUGCUGUCCUCAUGAACUUCCUGUUCAGCAUGCUGCGGGAGGAGGGUGGCUUUGAGUACAAGCGGGCCAUCGUGGACUGCAUCAUCAGCAUCAUCGAGGAGAACACAGAGAGCAAGGAGACGGGGCUGUCCCACCUGUGUGAAUUCAUCGAGGACUGCGAGUUUACUGUGCUGGCCACUCGCAUCCUGCAUCUCCUGGGCCAGGAGGGCCCCAAGACCAAUAAUCCCUCCAAGUACAUCCGCUUCAUCUACAACCGAGUGGUCUUGGAGCAUGAGGAGGUCCGGGCAGGCGCAGUGAGUGCUCUGGCCAAGUUUGGAGCCCAAAAUGAAGAGAUGUUACCCAGCAUCUUGGUAUUACUGAAGAGGUGUGUGAUGGAUGAUGACAAUGAAGUCAGGGACCGGGCUACCUUCUAUCUCAAUGUCCUGGAGCAGAAGCAGAAGGCCCUCAACGCUGGCUAUAUCCUAAACGGUCUGACAGUUUCCAUACCUGGCCUGGAGCGGGCCCUGCAGCAAUACACUCUGGAACCAUCAGAAAAACCUUUCGACCUCAAAUCUGUGCCCUUGGCCACCACGCCCAUGGCAGAGCAGAGAACGGAAAGCACCCCCCUCACAGCAGCCAAGCAGCCUGAGAAAGUGGCGGCCACCCGGCAGGAGAUCUUCCAGGAGCAGUUGGCAGCAGUGCCAGAGUUCCGUGGGCUGGGGCCCCUCUUCAAGUCCUCGCCUGAGCCCGUGGCCCUCACCGAGUCAGAGACAGAGUAUGUCAUCCGCUGCACCAAACACACCUUCACUGACCACAUGGUGUUCCAGUUUGACUGCACGAACACGCUCAACGACCAGACCUUGGAGAAUGUCACUGUGCAGAUGGAACCAACUGAGGCCUAUGAGGUGCUCUGCUACGUGCCUGCCCGGAGCCUACCCUAUAACCAGCCUGGGACCUGCUACACGUUGGUGGCACUGUCAAGGGAAGACCCCACAGCUGUGGCCUGCACGUUCAGCUGCAUGAUGAAGUUCACUGUCAAGGACUGCGACCCCACCACUGGGGAGACCGACGACGAAGGCUAUGAGGAUGAAUACGUGCUGGAAGAUCUGGAAGUCACUGUAGCAGAUCAUAUCCAAAAGGUCAUAAAGCUGAAUUUCGAAGCAGCCUGGGGUGAGGUUGGGGAUGAGUUUGAGAAGGAAGAAACAUUCACCUUGUCCACCAUCAAGACACUGGAAGAGGCUGUGGGCAAUAUCGUGAAAUUCUUGGGAAUGCAUCCUUGUGAGAGGUCAGACAAAGUACCGGAUAACAAGAACACCCACACAUUGCUCCUGGCUGGUGUGUUCCGGGGUGGUCAUGACAUCUUGGUGCGCUCCCGGCUGCUACUUUUGGACACUGUAACCAUGCAGGUGACGGCCAGAAGUUCGGAGGAGCUGCCAGUAGACAUUGUGUUGGCAUCUGUGGGCUAAGAGGCGCCCCCACUCCUACCCUUUCCCCCCAACACUACGCAGAAAUCACACCUUCUGAACCCAGUAGAAACUUCUUCCCAAGCCUCUGUAUCAAGAAAUAAUAGGAAUGACUGAGGAUUUUUCUUUCCUUCUUUUUUUAAUUUAACCCCUGCCCCAGGACUACUGGGGGAUAACAUUUUUUUAGCUUGUCAUGGAACUUUGCUGACCUACCUACUAGAGAAGGGACAUUGCAAAUAAAGCGCUUGCACCUCCUCUUGAAUUUAUCCCCAAAGAAACCAUCUUAUCCCAAUGAAUAAAUAAGCAUGUAUUUUAUUGAAUGAC